GAUGCUAGUAUUUCAGCUCCUUCCAUUCCAUAAUUGCUCUGGCCAGCAUUUCAAGUGAUCUGAAACUCUCUCAGCGACUCUCCUAUUUGCUUCUCAUGGCUCUACAAGCAGCCUCUUUUUCUCCCACGACUUCCAUCCACAAAGACGUAUAUCCAGCUGGUACUGUUGUUCUGAACGACACUGGCCUUUCAGGAGUUCCAUUUUCUGUACAUAUCGAAGUUAAAUUGAAAUCUCUCGUAUUGAGAAAUAAGCAAGGAAGACAACCUGUUGGAACUAUUAGAGCCCAGACUGCAACAGUUUCAGAAAUCAACCAGGCGCCACGGGAAGGAAACAAAACUUUGAGGGAAGGAAAUGUUAUAAUCACAGGAGCUUCCUCAGGGCUGGGUCUAGCCACGGCCAAGGCUCUAGCUGAAACAGGAAAAUGGCACAUAAUUAUGGCAUGCAGGAACUUCCUUAAAGCCCAAAUGGCAGCAAAAUCAGCAGGCAUAGCUAAGGAAAGUUUUACUGUUAUGCAUCUAGACCUUGCCUCGCUUGACAGUGUAAGGCAAUUUGUGGAUAGCUUCCGCCGGUCGGGUAUGCCUCUUGAUGUGCUUGUAUGCAAUGCUGCUGUCUACUUGCCGACUGCAAAAGAGCCAACUUUCACCGCUGAAGGGUUUGAACUCAGUGUUGGGACUAAUCACCUUGGUCAUUUCCUCCUCACACGGCUGCUGCUCGAUUACAUAAAGCAAUCAGAUUAUCCGUCCAAGCGUGUAAUAAUUGUAGGCUCCAUCACAGGUAACACAAACACGUUGGCUGGGAAUGUGCCCCCAAAAGCAAACUUGGGAGAUCUGAGAGGCCUAGCAAGUGGUUUGAAUGGUGUGAACAGCUCAACCAUGAUAGAUGGAGGAGAGUUUGAUGGAGCAAAGGCCUACAAGGAUAGCAAAGUAUGCAACAUGCUCACCAUGCAAGAGCUCCACAGGAGAUAUCAUGAAGAAACGGGAAUAACUUUUGCUUCUCUCUAUCCUGGUUGCAUUGCCACAACAGGGUUGUUUAGAGAGCAUAUUCCCCUGUUCAGACUUUUAUUUCCACCCUUCCAGAAGUACAUCACCAAGGGCUAUGUGUCUGAAGAAGAAGCUGGGAAAAGACUUGCACAGGUUGUAAGUGACUCAAGCCUGGAACAAUCAGGUGUAUAUUGGAGCUGGAACAAGAACUCAUCCUCAUUCCAAAACCAGCUAUCCAAAGAAGCCAGUGAUAUAGAAAAGGCCCGCAAGUUGUGGGAGAUAAGUGAGAAGCUUGUUGGAUUGGCUUAAAUGCCCCAAUCAACAGCACUGUUGGCUACUAUAGAGAAAAAGUUGAUCUCAAGUAUAUAAGCUAGAAUAUGGCAUACAUGCUUGAGUAAUCCUGAAAUAUUUGUUUGUAAAAAUGCAAAGACAUCCAUAGUUAAGGACUCCUGAAAUUUUGUUUGCCAAAGAAUAAUGAAAUUGUUAUUAGUGAAAGACAGUACAUAUAUGUGUGCGCGCGCACCUUGAAAGAGUAAUGAAUUCAACACUCUACCAUGCAAA